AUGGCACACAUAAGAAACACGCGUUUACGCAAUCUAUAUGAAGAGGCCGAGUUUGACCGGGAACAUGAAGAAGUGCAGGAGAUAGAAGAAACCGUAAGAAAUUUGGUUCAAGAAAUUGCAGAAAGUAUCGCUGAGAAGGAUCCCCUCUUUAGAACCACCGUACUCCAAAGUGGCAGCUUUUACGAAGACCUCAAAGUCGAAGGGCCGAACGAGUUUGAUUUUAUGUUCUGUUUGGAAGAACUGUCCAAAAUUGGUGUCUGUGAGGUAAAAGAGAUUCCUUUCCGGUCUGUUCGUGAUCCAGGCUAUGUUCAUGUACAAGUACCGCAUCCCUUUCAUGAAAAACGCUGGAAAAAAUACAUCUCAAAAAGCAAGAAAUUAAAACCUAAAGCACUGCUGGAAAAGUUUGAAAUAUUAGUCAGAGAAGCCUUGACGGAGAAAUCAAACGAUUUUCACCCAAAACUGGACCAACACAGUUUUACAAUCGAGUUGAGGAAAAUUUCCGUUACAUUGAAGCUCGUGUGGAAUGGUACAAAAUACAGACACUACGAAAUUUCGAUCGAUUUGGUGUUAUGCAUUAAAGUCGGAGGAUGGCCGAAAGAUUCUGACUUGCAAACUCGUUUCAACCGUUCUCACCCCGGAUUUGAAGUAAUGAACAAAGUUACUGAGAUGGGCUAUCAUCUCAUAGCCUCAUCUAUCGGCGAAUCUGGGGCACCUAGACCCUGUUGGCGACUCUCGUUCUCCAAAGCGUAA